GGCGGAGCCGCGCAGGCGCUUUGAGAGGCGGUAGCGGCGGCGGCGGUGGUGGUAGAGGUAGAGGCGGCGGCAGCUGUGAAGGGGUUCCGGAAAGAUGGUGCUGAUUAAAGAAUUCCGUGUGGUUCUGCCAUGUUCGGUUCAGGAGUAUCAGGUUGGGCAGCUUUACUCUGUGGCAGAAGCCAGUAAGAAUGAGACUGGUGGUGGUGAAGGAAUUGAAGUCUUAAAGAAUGAACCUUAUGAAAAGGAUGGAGAAAAGGGACAGUAUACACACAAAAUUUAUCACCUAAAGAGCAAAGUCCCCGCGUUCGUGAGGAUGAUCGCUCCCGAGGGCUCCUUGGUGUUUCACGAGAAAGCCUGGAACGCAUACCCCUACUGUAGAACAAUUGUAACGAACGAAUAUAUGAAAGAUGAUUUCUUCAUUAAAAUUGAAACAUGGCACAAACCAGACUUGGGAACGUUAGAAAAUGUACACGGUCUAGAUCCGAACACGUGGAAAACGGUCGAAAUUGUCCACAUAGACAUCGCAGAUCGAAGUCAAGUCGAGCCAGCGGACUACAAAGCUGAUGAAGACCCAGCAUUAUUCCAGUCUGUCAAGACCAAGAGAGGCCCUCUGGGACCCAACUGGAAGAAGGAGCUGGCAAACAACCCUGACUGUCCUCAGAUGUGUGCCUAUAAGCUGGUGACCAUCAAAUUCAAGUGGUGGGGCCUGCAGAGCAAGGUAGAAAACUUCAUCCAGAAGCAAGAAAAAAGGAUAUUUACAAACUUUCAUCGCCAGCUUUUUUGUUGGAUUGACAAGUGGAUUGAUCUGACAAUGGAAGACAUUAGGAGAAUGGAAGAUGAAACUCAGAAAGAACUAGAAACAAUGCGUAAGAAGGGUUCCGUCCGAGGCACGUCGGCUGCUGAUGUCUAGAUGAGUCCCCUGUAGGGUCAGAGACAAUACCAAACUGUUUACGUAAUCAAGGUCAAGUAAGGGGAACCAGUGCAGCCAGUGAUGAAUGAAGAAGAAUCUGACCAUGUCUUGCAGUGUUGACGUUUCCCAGACGUGUGCUUGUGGGUCUGUGCCCAGAGGCACGGGUCCCAACUACGUGUGUAUAUAUGUUGGUGUGUGUCAAUCUGUAGCUGUAUAUAAAACGCAUGUAGAGCUACAGAUCCCAGUACACACACUUGUGUAUAUAUGUACAUACAAACAUACUGAAGGGAUUAGUACAAUUUCUCCAAAGUACUGUACCUAUCUUCAGCAAGAAUGCAAAAGAAAGUAUUUUCAGUAUAUAUACCUGGAACAGAUUUUAAUAAUUAUCAGAGUAAUGCCAUUAAUGGAUGAAUUGACUGCAAUGUAAUACUAGCUGGUAUGUUUCGUAAAUGGCAAGUUGUGGACCAAGAUAUAUAUAUAUAUAUAUACAUAUACAUAUAUAUAUAUAACCUUUUAUUACUUUUUUGUUCUUUUAAAUCAGUCUCUUACAAAUUUUAAUUUUAGUCCCAUAAUCAACAGAAUCCCACAGGAAAGUUUAUUAAAAAUCUUUUGGUAUUCCAAGGAAUCUGGAAUGAAACUCUGAAUGUAUUCAAAAUCAUUUUUCUGGAUUUUUGUUAUCAUUCAGCCAAAUUGGACAAUAUCUAUUAGUGAAGAGAGUUACAGGCCAGUUUUUACUUGUUUGCCCCUGAGGUAAAGCUCCUUUUAAAAAAAUUCCAUUUUUUAUUGAAUUUUUGUAUUUUAAAUUUCAAGUAUUUUUCUACAUCAAGUCUAGGAAAAAUGGAAAUGACGGUCUGUGAUUUAUUAAAAAAAAAAGAACACUGUAUAAUUUUUCAGGCUUCUGUUAUGCAAAGACAGAAAUUGAUGAAGAAAUUAAUAGGAUUGUAGGCUGGAAGAAAAACUGGAAGUAUAGCACUUCCAUGGAGUCUUGUUUCUAAAAUGACUGUUUUCUGAAAUUGCAGCUUGGAGACUAUGCAAAUGAUCUAGAUUCCUCACAAUUUAACACGGUAGAACAUAGAUAGUGAUGACGUUUUGCUCUUUUCGGGUUGAAAUAUAUACUUGGAGGGGCAGAUGCUGCGUAUGAGACAGGAAGAGAUUCAGAGGCAGUUCGAGGCCUGUCUGCACACGGUUAGGAGGCCCGGCCCGCGGCCAGCGCAGCUGCACCCGCUGGGGUGUGCUCUCCUGGGACGUCAUUGGAACACACCCUGAACAUGCAUCCGGAAAACGCAGCCUAGAAGCUGCUGGCCUCCUUUUUUCCUUUUUUUUUUUUUUUUUUUUUUUAAAGAAAAGAACAAUAGCUAGGUAAGAUUUUUAUCAUCUUUCUCUGUCCAAGUCUAGUUCUUCUCCUGUCAGUCCUGGGCGCUCGAAUAGAAUGUUGUCGUUGAAGCCUUCAGGUCCCAGCCAUCUUCUUUAACCUCCCACCCCUCCUGCCCCACGCCAGGCCCCGUGGUCAUACCACAUUCGUAAUCCGAUUCGCUGACAAACCCGCCCUCCCUGCUCCCUGGUUUCCCGCAGAAGCCCUGUGUCCCCACUGAAGUGAUCAGAGUGGCCUGGACACGGCUGUCCAGGGUCACUCCUAUGUGGCAACACCCGGUCCCCUCAGCUGCAGACCCCACAUCGCACGUGUCCUCUGUGUACUCAGGUUCAGAACCGACGUCUACUCUCUGGGCACUGCUGUAAGAUGGGUUUUGUCAAGAGCAUAAUCAUUGUCUGCAAAGUGUCUGAUGCCAGGAAGAUUAUUGCUAAUCUGGUGAAGUGGAGAGUCUCGCCUUCUCCUUUUGAUGAACUUAACUCUAACUGGCGUCUGUAGCAUCAUUUGGGAGCUUGGGCGCACGUGGAAAUGACAGCCCAGCGCAUGGACUUUAAUGUUUCUCUAACAACUGUGGAGAUUUGAGGGAAUGUGUGGUGAGUGUAAAGUCUCUAGUUUACUUGGCAGUCUUUUGUGUAAAUUACAGGAAAACAAAGUAAAUGAAAUUUAAACAGAAAAUAAAUUUGAUCACAAAAUGC